UACAAAUAAAUCAUCGAAUUGAGAGGGAGUUCAAACCGAUAUUACCAUCCGCUGUGAGGCACGUGAACUCGUUUCCAGGCUCGCCGCAGCAGAUUUAGUAUGCAGUGCGUGUGCCGUCCGGCGGUCUUCCAAUGUCGUUCAGCGUCGGUCGUUAAGGGAAGCCGACUGGAAGGGAUGCAACAGCGAAUGACUCCACCCCCGAUGAGUCCUCCAAAAUAUCACGUAUUCUGCUGUUUGGACAGACAUGCUGAGCAAAAGUUCAACUGGCGCAAGGAUUCUGAUCAUUGGAGUUUCACCGUAUAUAAAGCUCAACGAAGCCUUUGGGAAUCAUCAGUUCGCCUGCAAACACAUCCCCGACAGCAUUCGAUCGCAACCCGCUAGCCAGCCAGCAAACAAACGUCUUCAACAUGUUCAAGAUUGCUUGUCUGUUCGCCAUCCUUGCCGUCGCUUCCGUUUCGGCCAAGGCCGAUCCGAAGCCGGGUGUACUGGCCUAUGCUGCGGCCCCAGCCACCGUUGUCGCUGCUGCCCCGGCUGCUUAUGUUGCUGAAGGAGCUGCCGUCUACGAACGUACCUUCCACGGAAACACUGCCCCGCUGGCUUACACUUAUGCUGCUCCCUAUGUGGCCGCUGGUCCCGUCGCGUACUCCGCUCCUUUGGCGUACUCCUCGCCCUACGUUGCCGCUGCUCCGGCCCAGGUGCUGCUGAAGUAAACGGAACUGCCGAUCGACCGGAACUAGCGCUAAACUUGGUUCUCUAGCGAGUGCAUUAGUGAAAAGAUUUGAAUAAAAUUUGUUGACUGCAUGGA